AUGGAUUGUAAUGAAUUAUUAGACUUAGAAUAUAAAUUUGCAAAAGCAGUUUUUGCUUUUGGAAUUCCUUUUAAUGCAUUUCAAAAUCUAUUUUGGACAGAAUUUUUUUACACUCUUCAACCAUCUUUUAAAAUUCCUAAUAAUAUAAAGUUAUUUGAAGAUAAUUAUAAUAAGGAAAUUGCACUUAUUCUUCCAUCAUUUACAAGAUGGAGCACACAUUUGGAUUGUAUAAACUCUCUUAUGAAAUCACAAACAGCAAUUCAGCAAAUGCUUUUCGAUCCAA